ACAAAGGAAGAAACGAAGAGGCCGAGAGCUACAAAGAGUUAGCCAACCUAGAUGAAAAGAUGUCACAUUAACGUACCUUUUGUAGUGACCAAUAUACUCCCGUCUUUAAAGGGAAGUAGCAAAUCCGUCCAUGGUGACACUUUUAGAUUUUUGUUUUUGUCUUUGGAAGGUGACGUUCAUGUUUUCGGGAUUACACGCUAACAAAGCUAGGCUAACGUUAGCCAGUAUAAUCGUCAAAGAGUCAAUCCUUAAACUAAUUUUUUUGAAGGCUUAUUCCAGGACAAAAAAAGCUUUGUUUACUUUCCCCACUAAUACAAGUGAAUUUGAACAGCAAAUGAAAGGUGGUGGAGGUGGAAUUUGACCCAACCAUCUGAGUCACUAUUUUCCUGCAGAUAAUGGGAUUCAUGGCUCCACUGUAUGGAUGACUUGUUUGGUGUGGCCUGAUGGGAGGACAGUGUGGAUAGUGCUUUCAUCAGGAUACCAGGCGAGCCACCAUAUGCCCCCACUUUGGAGGGCCUGUCAGAAUGAAGAAGAUAAGCCUUAAGACCAUUCGCAAGUCCCUCAACAUAAAGGGCAAAGAGGAGGGUGACUUCGUUAUGCUCCAGCAGCCUUCAGUCACAACAGAGUUUUCUAAAGAGGACUCUCUUUUUGGGGGCUGCUAUACCAAAGAGCUUUCAGUUUGUGAUCUUGGUUGUGAAGACGAGAAAGGAGGCCAGAAUAAGAGUCGUUCAAAGAGUGAGGGCCUCAUGGGUUCGCUAAAGAGAAGGCUGUCUAACAAGCAGAAAGCAAAAGUAAAAGGUGGUUCAUCUGCAUUGUGUUCAGUCGAUGAUGAUGAUGACACCUUUUCAUCUUCCUCCGUGCCCAUCAGCACUGACGUGAAAGCCCAGAGACCUCUUAGAUCCGCGUCUUUACGGAGUCACCAUUACAGCCCUACGCCGUGGCCUCUGCGUUCCGUCAAUUCCGACGAGGCGUGCAUCAAGAUGGAGGUAAAGGUUAAAGCCAUGGUCCACUCUCCUUCGCCAAGUCCCAACUUAAAUGGUGUUCGGAAAGAAUUUCGUACUUUCCAGAUGGAAGGGCUCUUUCAGGACCAAGCAGAGUCUUUAAAGAAUCUCCAGCAACCUCAAAAUGGUGAGCUGCACCUCAACAUUGAUGAAAGUGAUGUGCCUGUGGUGCUGGGGUUAACACCCCAGGACUAUAUCCAGUACACAAUGCCUUUAGAUGAAGGAAUGUACCCAGAAGGGUCUCACACUUUCUGCCUGGACAGCCCUACUCCUAUGGAGGUGGUGACAGAGGCGGACAGUGCGUCCCUCCACACAGACCAGGGACCAGAGGAACACGAACUGGUCAGUGGGAUGCCUUCAGAUCUCUUCAUGGAAACCUCAGUUAAUAGUAUUCUUCUAGGUUCUGCAAGUAUGAUGCUCCAAAGCUCUCAAGUAGAAGUCCCACCUCCACUAUCCCCACUCCUGCCACCCCUGUCAAGCAAUGGACAUAUCCCUAGGACUUUUUCCAGCUUCAGCUCCUCAGACAGCCAGGUAGCUGAAAGAGUGAGACACCACCUGAACUUUGAUCCAAACACAGCUCCUGGGGUCAGUCGGGUUUAUGACUCGGUCCAGAGCAGUGGACCGAUGGUUGUGACCAGUCUGACUGAAGAGCUAAAGAAGCUUGCUCGACAGGGCUGGUACUGGGGUCCCAUCACACGAUGGGAAGCAGAGGAAAAACUGGUCAACUUGGUAGAUGGGUCCUUCCUGGUCAGAGACAGUUCAGAUGACAGGUACCUGCUCAGCCUGAGCUUCAGGUCUCAAAGUAAAACUCUCCACACCCGUAUCGAACACUCCAACGGACGAUUCAGCUUCUAUGAGCAACCAGAUGUUGAGGGACACACAUCAAUUGUUGAUCUAAUUGAACACUCUAUCAAAGACUCAGAGAAUGGAGCUUUUUGUUACUCCAGGUCUCGCCUACCAGGGUCUGCAACUUACCCUGUGAGACUAACCAACCCAGUAUCUCGGUUUAUGCAAGUGCGCUCCCUGCAGUAUCUUUGCCGCUUUGUCAUUAGGCAAUACACAAGAAUAGAUCUUAUCCAAAAACUGCCCCUACCUAACAAGAUGAAAGAUUAUCUGCAGGAAAAGCACUACUGAGGACACAGACCGGACAGUCGUAGCAUUUUGCACAUUUGUGUUCAGUUAGGUUCAAACAAGGUUUACA